UGCAAUGUGACCUGCCUGAGACUUGGGGUGCUCCUUCAGUCUGCAGGCUGAUGGCAGGACAAAGGGGUGCAUGGACCAUGGGCGACGUGGUAGAGAAGAGUUUGGAAGGGCCCCUGGCACUGUCUACAGAAGAGCGGGUCCAGAAGAGGGGAGAACUGGUGGAGAUCUUAAAUGAGGAUAAGGUCAAAUUUGACGACACAGGACUCUCCUUAAUUCUGCAGAAUGGCCUGGAGACACUCCGGGUAGAAAAUGCCCUGACCGAUGUCAUCUUGUGUGUGGACAUUCAGGAAUUCUCCUGCCACCGUGUGGUGCUGGCCGCAGCCAGCAACUACUUCAGGGCCAUGUUCUGCAAUGAUUUAAAGGAAAAGUAUGAGAAGAGGAUCAUUAUCAAAGGCGUGGAUGCCGAGACCAUGCACACGCUUCUGGACUACACAUAUACCAGCCAGGCGCUCAUCACCAAGCAGAACGUCCAGCGGGUCCUGGAAGCAGCCAACCUCUUCCAGUUCCUGCGGAUGGUGGACGCCUGUGCCAGCUUCCUCACGGAGGCCCUGAACCCUGAAAACUGCGUGGGGAUCCUGAGGCUGGCAGACACACACUCCCUGGACAGCCUGAAGAAGCAGGUGCAAAGCUACAUUAUUCAGAACUUUGUGCAGAUCCUGAAUGCCGAGGACUUCCUGGACCUGCCGGUGGACACGCUGCAGCACAUCUUGAAGAGUGACGACCUGUACGUGACAGAGGAGGCACAGGUUUUCGAGACGGUGAUGAGCUGGGUCCGCCACAAGCAGGCCGAGCGCCUGUGCCUGCUGCCACAGGUGCUGGAGAAUGUGCGUUUGCCAUUGCUUGAUCCCUGGUACUUCGUGGACACGGUGGAGGCCGACCCUCUCAUCAGGCAGUGCCCCGAGGUCUUCCCGCUGCUCCAGGAAGCCAGGAUGUACCAUCUGUCUGGCAACGAGAUCAUUUCAGAGCGCACCAAGCCCAGGAUGCACGAGUUCCAGUCCGAGGUGUUCAUGAUCAUAGGCGGCUGCACGAGGGAAGAGCGGUUUGUGUCAGAGGUCACCUGCCUAGAUCCCCUGAGGCGCAGCCGCCUGGAGGUGGCCAAGCUCCCCAUGACGGAGCAGGAGCUGGAGAGUGACAAUAAGAAGUGGGUCGAGUUUGCCUGCGUGACGUUAAAAAAUGAGGUCUACAUCUCAGGUGGCAAAGAAACACAGCACGAUGUUUGGAAAUACAAUUCUUCAAUCAACAAGUGGAUUCAAAUCGAAUAUCUGAACAUAGGCCGCUGGAGGCACAAGAUGGUGGUGCUGGGAGGCAAGGUGUAUGUGAUCGGAGGAUUCGAUGGUCUGCAGAGGAUCAACAACGUGGAGACUUAUGACCCCUUCCACAACUGCUGGUCAGAGGCUGCACCCCUCCUCAUCCACGUCAGUUCCUUUGCAGCCACCAGCCACAAGAAGAAGCUCUAUGUGAUGGGAGGUGGGCCCAAUGGAAAGCUGGCCACAGACAAGACUCAGUGUUACGACCCUUCCACCAAUAAGUGGAGUCUAAAGGCACCCAUGCCGGUGGAGGCCAAGUGCAUCAAUGCAGUGAGCUUCCGGGACCACAUCUACGUGGUGGGGGGCGCCAUGCGCGCGCUGUACGCCUACAGCCCCCUGGCGGACAGCUGGAGCCUGGUCACGCAGCUCAGCCACGAGCGCGCCAGCUGCGGCAUCGCGCCCUGCAACAACCGGCUCUACAUCACCGGGGGCCGCGACGAGAAGAACGAGGUCAUCGCCACGGUGCUGUGCUGGGACCCGGAGGCCCAGAAGCUGACGGAGGAGUGCGUCCUGCCCCGCGGCGUGUCGCACCACGGCAGUGUCACCAUCAGGAAGUCCUACACCCAUAUCCGCAGGCUGGUGCCCGGGGCCGUGUCCGUCUGACUCGGGGUGCAGGAGUGCAAGUCCAUCGGGCUGCGGGGAGGCCCUCCUCCUCCUAGUCCGUCUGUCUAUCCAGGCUGCAGGCUGGCCUUGGAAAGGAGACUCCCUGCUUGACCCUUGAGGGUCCCUUGGAAGUCACUUCUUGGGGACACUGGGACCAGCCAUGGCCAACCUACCUCAGGAGGACAGAAGGGCCCUGGGCCAGCAUGCAUGCAUGUCAGCUCACCCCCUGUUGUGCAGGAAAGAGACUCACUGAUUUGCCCCCCAGGCAAAUCUUGCAAGUAGCUAAAUCAGGCAUCUAAACUCAGGUCUUUUUGUUUGUUUGUUUUGUUUUUAAAUCAGAUAAAGGGACAUGAAGAGAUCGGGAGAGAUAAUCACAGCAUCGGAGCUUCUCCCUCAGUGCCGCUGUUCUACUCCAUGUGGUCUUGGGGCCCUUACUUGGGUUGUGUGUAUGACAAAGCAUGUGUCUGACCCAAAUGUGAUACCUCUUUAGGCCCUAAGCCCACGUCUUUUCAAAGCCAAAGCUGUCCGUGCCCUUUCUGCCAGGCUGCCUUGCUCAGAGCAAAGAGGAGAAAUGGCCUUUUGUUGGUUUGUUUUGGUUCUGACAAGUUUGUUCAAGGAUUCAGACAGGAAGCAAAAGUGUUUGUCUUUUUAAUUCCUUUUAUUAUUUUUUUCUCCCUUUUAUAUUUAAGCCAAGGAUAUGGAACCUUGGGCUCCUUGUUAAUAAUGUCCCUUGUUUCCUAAGCCAUGCCUGUGUGUGGCAGCCUGAUGUGAAAGCAUGUAGAACCAAUUGUUCCUCUAACAGGCCUGAGGAAUGGACCUGGGAAGACCUGGUUACUUUGAAGAAAAAACACUCUGUUCCUCCUCCAUCAAAUACUUCUAUUUCUUUUUUCUUUCCCUUCCUACCUUCCUUCCUUCUUCCAUUCCUCUUCCCCUUUCCCUCCUUUCCUCCCUCUUUUUUCUCCUUCCUCCCUCCUUCCAUCCAUCUCCCCUUCUCCCUUCCUUCCUUCCCUCUUUCUUCCUUUUCUUUUUUCCCUUCCUUCUAUUUUUUAUUUCAUUCUUUUCCUUCCUUUCUCUCUCUCUCUCUCUCUCUGUCUCUCUCUCUCUAUCACAGGAGAGCUUUUUAGAACUGUCCUUGCCAGGCUUGUAGCCUCAGCGCUAAUCCCUAUACUCUGGCCCCCUAAUGUCCAACAGCUGUAUUGCAACAUGGAUAUUUCCAGAGACACAGAAUACUGUUCUUUAAAAAGAUGGCAACUUCCUAAUGCUCUGGACACUGUUGGUGUGAUGUUCUCACUUGAUGGUCAGCUUAUCACUCUAUGAACAUUGUUGGUCCCUGUCCCCAAAACCUUGCCUUCCCAGAACUUUUGUGUUCAGGCUCCUUUUAAGUCUUUCUAUUUGGUUUUUGGAUCAAGUGACACCAUUUGACUCAAAGAACAGAGUUUGUCCUUCACUGUAAGACACAGAGCUUUCAAAUGAGCUCACUGGAAAUUUAUUCUAGUCUCUGGGCUGAGGAUUAGAUGAAGCAGGUGAGGAGAUCUUGUUUCAGAUGCCAUAUUUAGAAAGAAACAGCAAUGAUAAUGACCCAGUGCACCAUAUUUUUGUCAGAUGAUUUCAUGUCUGAGCUGUAUUUCUUGUUAGAUUAGCAUAUCAAUUGCUUGUAUUUCUUAGGAAUUUGGGGAGUUGAUAAGGAAGUUAAUUUUCUCUCCUUUUGUUGAUGCUAUCCCCCCUCCCCAAAUCAUUUUAUUGGGAAAACAGUGGUUUGCAUUAUGGUGAAGUUAAUUUUCAGAGAGAUUUUAUAGUUAGAAAGAGCUACACUUGUAAGAAGAUUUAGGAAGGCUUAGAAAAAAUACCAGUGAGAUUUCUGUUUUCACUUAGAUCAUUGAGGAUAAUGUAAAUGUGUGUCAGUACAUGAAAGCUCUGUGACUGAGGGUCAGGAGUGACAGUUCAGCCCCUAUUAUGAAAAGCAGAGUGGAAAAUACAAACAAAUUCAUGGAAAUUUACAACACAUGCAUCACUUCCUCAUGAACACUAAUGAGCUCAAGGGAGCCCUCAAUGGAGACAACUCAGUCACAUCCCACUUAAUAAGCAUUCCUGGCGUCUGUCUGUCUCUUGUUUGUCAUGUCUAAGAGAUGUCAGUAAAUAAGACAAACCUCUAUCCUGGGGGCACACAAUAAGAGGUCUACAGGCCACUGGCCAGUAUGAAUUUUCUUUUCAUCAGUGAGAUGUGUAUGAAGUUACGAGACUGCAUCAAAUCUUUAUCAUUCAUCUCACUGGGAAGCUGGGCACAUGGACCUUGCUUGUAUGUUUUUCUUUCUUUGAGAUCAUCUUUAGGAACUAUGUGUGAACUACAAGAGAAAUCUGUAGUAUUCCAAAGCUGGUUUCAGGGAACAGAGAGGAAUCCCAGUGGCACACACAGAGCUCAUCCCCUUUAAAAAGAGCAGAGGCCUAUUGGUCUUAGAGGUUCUUUGACAAGCAUGGCCAGCAAAUUUGGAGCCCAUCAGUUGACCAGCCCUUCACUGGAAAAGGGACGAUCUGGGAUCUCUGCAUUAGAAAUAUGCUUCUAGAAUCUGCAUCCUGCACUAAUUUCAGGACCAAUGCAGAAUGCUUCAGUGAAUACAAGGGAAGGUCUCUAUAUGUUUGUACCAUGAAUUAUGGUAUAACCUCAGGUAUCUUACCCUUAAGAAACAGAUUAUCUCAGAAAUGGUGUGACUUAGCAGACAGCACACUGAUUUAACAGACCCAGAUUUCUGCUUGGCUGGGCCUCAGGUCACUAGGUCCAGACAAAAUGAGGCCCAGAGGCUCUGUGCGGUGGGACCUGUGGGAAAGGUUAAGGGACCCCACUUGCCAAGACUGGGCUGAUGUGGGCAGAGUGAAACUCACCAAACACCAAGAGAGAAAUGCUCACUUCUUAGCUACCAUCACUGUGCUCUCAGUGGCAUCAGAAAACACACACACACACACACACACACACAUACACAUCACUUGAACUCAAAGCAAACUAUGCUUUCAGGGAAUUGCAACUUUCAUUUGCUAAUAGCUGUGAAAUGUUAGCUUUGCUAUUUAUAAAAACAACCCUUGAGGUACUGUUGCUACUUGUCCUAUUUGAUUGUGAAAAAAGAAAAGGACUCUUGAAAUUUUCAAAUUGAAUAAAUACUGCUGGCCAUUCUUAAAUAAAGAUCUAACUUGGGGUUGCAAAAUUACUUUUUCCCUUAAUAUCUGAUCUGGGUAUUGUAUUAGAUCUUUAAUUUGCAAAGUCUACUUUCAUGGAAAUAUACAAGUAUCUCAAAUAUUACUACUGUAAAACUAGUGACAAGAGGUUAGAUUUUUGUACUUAAAGGCAAAAAUUGUCAAUUUUUUGCAUUGUAAGCAUUUUAGUUACAGAGUUGUAUUUUUUAAGUAAUAAAACUAAGGGUAUUGUUCAUAGGUAAAUAUGCUAAUAAAUUUUUAAAUUUAUUUUCAAUAAAAAUCAUGUGAUAGAUAAGAA